GUGGAUGGUGUUAAGGCUGAAUAGUAGCUGGUCAAGGAUGAAAAACAGUCCACAUAACUGUCACACAUCCACUGUUUAAGCAGACUACCUCAGUCCUAGAAGAAGUUACAGACGACCAUCUAGCCAGGCAAUAUGUUGUGGUCCAUGCAACUCUUUCUGCUUCUUGGCUCCAUAACUGUCACUAGAGGAAUUAGAUUGAUCAAUGGAGACUCUUGUUCUGGACGAGUGGAGGUUCUCUAUAAUGGAAUAUGGGGAACAGUGUGUGAUGAUGGCUGGGAUCUAACAGACGCUGCAGUGGUGUGUAGAGAGAUUGGCUGUGGGAAUGUGAUCGAGGCAAAGAGUGAAGCUUAUUUUGGACAAGGAUCAGGACAAAUAUGGAUGGAUGAUAUAAACUGUGCUGGCACUGAGUCCUCACUGAUGAACUGCAGGACACCUGGAUGGGGAACACAUAACUGUGGACAUCAUGAAGAUGCUGGAGUCAUCUGCAACUGUGAGUCAAAACAAUCAUAGAGCUGAAGUAUUGU